CGGAGUAACAUCCUAGAAAUGCCAGCCACCGAUUCCGCAGCAGUCAUCGUAGCCCGAUUCCUGAAAGCGAACCAUUAUAACGAGACACUAGAAGCAUUCCUGCGAGAAGCGGAAUUGCCCGAGGAUGCAGCCGUCACUAAGAAAGGCGACUGGACGAUAGAACAGAUCCUCGAAGAGAAGAAACAGUACGACAAAAGCCUCCAAUAUGAAAAGAAAGGUGAUGAACAAGCCACUGGCUGGCCACUUCCGGCACCAUCCAAAGCCACCGAACCGGAUUUUUCUGUCGCUUCCAAUGUACUAUGUGUGAGUGGUGAUGGCAGAGGCAAAUCUGAAGACACCAUUAUCUGGGUCACCGGUGCUGAUCGUUCAUGGUCUCGCGUUGGCUGUUCGCCGCCCUUCUCACUUGCCGAAUCAAUAUCAAAUGCCCACGGAAGUCCUAUUCUGUCCAUCAGUUCCAUCACUAAAGAGUUCAUCUUCUCGACUUCAAUGUCGGGACAGCUGAUGAUGCACGACUCUCGCGGCAGACUGUUGGAUAAAUGCCGCGACCACUUGAAGUAUGCUGUUCACGUCGUGUCGGGCACGACUCGGGAUGGAAGAUGGAUCGUGGCCACUGCUGGUUGGGACCAGAAAGUGCACGUCUAUGCUCCAGAGCAAGAGCUGGCGGAAAAGUUCAAUACCGAUGAAAGGUCGAAUGGCGAGGGACCGCACAUCGAAGGCCUCCUGCGUGAUCCUGUCCACACGAUAGCGCUACCAACUAAUCCCGAGUCUAUGGUAAUGGUCCAGCAUCCUGAUACUGGCGACCUUUACCUGAUCGUGUCACGGCGAGACUCGACAUUCCUGUAUUAUUACUGCAUCACGCCUACAUCGGAUGAGGCGUCCUCGUCUCGUGCCAGUGAGGUCACGUACUCGGUUCAAGAGACUGGCAAGCAAAAUCUUGCGCCACAUGCUAAUGCAUGGAUUUCAUUUUCACCUGCCUGUCUGGCAGUUUGUCCCACAGAUCCGACCUUGCUCGCCGUCGCGACAUCCCACCUUCCACACAUGAAAGUCAUCAUUGUCCGCCUUCUCUUCCCAGCUGGCUCGUAUAACUUGGGUUCCAAUUCCGCAGCAGUUCUUGGAUCAGAGUCUGUGACACCCGCCGCACAAGCUCGAGCCGACCUUGCUCUACAAGACCGCGAGGACUCGGCUAUAAAACUACAUGUGACGACGAUGGCUCCCCAGACGCCGUAUUCGACGCCACAAGUCGUCUGGCGACCAGGUGGGAAUGGCGUCUUCGUCAAUGCGGACGAUGGCGUCAUCAGAGGCAUUGACACUCACAGUGGGAAGGUUGUGGCAGUGCUCAAGGCACACGAGGUUGGAAGCAAAGUGCGGACCUUGUAUGCAGGUUGGGAGAAGGGCGGAAAGCAUGAGAUCUUGGUCAGUGGUGGUUUUGACAAGAAGAUUUUCAUUUGGAGAGUCAUAGAUUAGGAUCCUCUGGUGAGAGACCGUGUGAUGACAAGAACAAGAUGUAGAAGGUGUGAAUGGGCAAGCCUUUGCCAACAACAGCAGCAGCACAAAACACUCU